AUGUGUAAUGGGGAGUUCUUCAGCAAGGAACCAGAUGAGGCACUAGCAUUCUUUGACUACUUAGCUAAAAGUGCACAACAGUGGAAUACACGAUCUGAUCGGGCACCAAUGGUAGUGCAACCUCUCAGGGCAAUUGGUGGUGGAGGUAGAUAUGAGGUAAAGGAGGAAACUGAUAUCCAGGCUCGUAUUGUUGCAUUAUCUAGGAGAGUAGAGGUUAUGGAGUUAGAGAAGGUGAAAGCAGCGAAAUCAGUUGAGGUACCACGGGGUGUUAUUAAGGAUAUAUUGGUUCAAGUCGACAAAUUCUACUACCCAGUGGACUUUGUGGUUUUGGAUAUGCAGCAGCUUAUCUCUACCAUUUCCCAGGAACCUAUCAUACUUGGACGCCCAUUAUUCGCUACCCCUAAUGCGUUGAUCAAUUGUCAAAGUGGAGUGCUGAAGCUUACAUUCGAAAAUGUGACAUUGGAGAUGAACUUGUACAAUGUUUGCAAGAUGCCUAGUGGUUGUGAUGACUCUAAGAUACGUGCAGUUGAUGUGAUAGAUGAUUUUGAUAUUUAA